GCCAUAGCAGGUUGUCAGCAAAAUUUGCAAUGGAUAAGGAUUCGGAUUCCACGGUCACUUCUAUAGACGAAAACACUGAAAACUUCUGCAGCAAUCCCACACGCGAUAUUCUGGCCGAAGGCAUCACGAACCUAUUCAAGCCCACCAUCGAGAAGCUUGACGAGCGCGUAGCAUCAACGAUACAACUGCAGUCGGAGCUGCGUGGACAGUUGGAUGCACUGGCCGCUCAGUUGCGAGACAUCGAGAAGGCGCAGAAUCAAAUACCCGAGUUUUCGGAGAAGGUUAAAGAGCUGCUGAACGUCAAGCACAAGGUGACCAUCAUCAACAACGUGCUGAGCAGCAGCCAGGAGCGCUUGAUUGGCCUGCACAAGCUAAUCGAAAAGGAGCAGCGCCGGCGGCAGGCGCUGCUGGACUCGGCGCUAAGCACCAACAUAUCAUAG